CAGUUCCUUGACCUAGUGACAUAUUAUGCCGAGUGUUUAUUAUGGCUUAAAAAGUAAUCGUUUUAGAGCGGCGAUGACCAGGCUGUUUGAGUACAAAAAUGUCUUAGGCUAGAUAGGUAGAUUCAUUUCUUCAGGACCCGGACAGGAGCGUCGUCAGAUCACCCACCGCCUUCCCAGCCCAAAAGACAUAACCAGCAGACGUCGCAACGGAUCAUUAAGGAUGUGGAAAGACGAGGACGAGGGGGUCGUGGCGGCGGGGGUCGUCAGUCUCUUCGGGCCUGACGACUCCGUGACCCCCAAGCAGAAGAACGCCAAGGAGAAGAAAAACAGGGCGCAGAAACAGCAUCGGCAGAAGACCAAGACGAACAAGAAGGAAACGAGAGCGAGACAGAAAGAUAAGGACACAAUGGACACCUUCCUUGGUUUAUUUGACCCAACACUGGAAGAUGAGACAACGGACGACAUUGAUGAACUAAAUGGCAACGUCGUGGAGAAGAAUCAUGAGAACACGCAGUACAAGAAUUGCAAAAACUCGUACUCCCUCCGAUCGGAGACUCUAGGGGGGGUGCGCAGAGGUCCGAGGGUUGCCAUAAUGCCCGACCAGCUUCCCUCCGAGCCCCAGGAAGGGAACAUUGAAUACAAGUUGAAGCUGGUCAACCCAAAUCACGAGAGGUUUAAGAGACUAGUAUCGCAGAUGCAAUGGCGACUGCGCGAAGGCCUUGGAGAAGCUAUAUAUGAGAUUGGAGUUGAAGAUUCUGGGAUAUUAUUGGGUCUGACGCAGGAGGAGCUUGGGGCGUCAAUGGCCACAUUACGUCGAAUGGCUAAACAGCUUGGAGCGUCGCUAACAGUAAUACGCGAGAAAACCAUUUCAGGCCACAAUGGCGAGAUCCGCAAAGCAGCAGAAGUUCUAGUCAGAAAGUCUUGGUAUUGUGAUGCUUUCAGUGCUUUCUCUGGAAUGGCUCCCAUGACAGAGGAGCACUUGAGUCUUGCUCGUGCUUUGGAUGUUCCCAUUGUCAUUGUGAUAACCAAGACCGACAUGGCCACGCCACAACAGAUCCAGAGAACCAUCAAUGAUCUCAAGCAGACUUUAACUCAGCCGGGAUACAAACGGGUGCCUCUGUUAAUUCAAAAUGAAGAUGAUGCAAUAACAGCUGGAAGUAACCAGCUAGACAACAAUGUGGUCCCUAUUUUCUGUGCCUCAAGUGUCACUGGCGAUGGGCUGACUCUCCUCAAGAAAUUCCUUUUUGUUUUACCACCAAGGAUGAGCAACAAAGAGCGGGAGAAACUGGAGCAGGAACCAGCUGAGUUCCAGAUUGAUGAGGUUUUCCAUGUAGACCACAGUGUGAUUGUCGGAGGGCUGCUGACUAAGGGAGUUAUUAUGCAAGGGACAACACUCCUUUUAGGACCAAUGGAUAAUUGUACCUUCGUACCUGUUACUGUUGGGUCAAUUCACCGAAACAAAGUGCCGUGCAGGGUAGUUUGCGCAGGACAGUCGGCCUCUCUCUCUAUUAAAGGACAAGAUCUAAGCUUACGGAAAGGCAUGAAAUUAAUGAGCAUUGAAGCAAGACCAAGAGCAUGCUUUUAUUUCCAGGCAAGAACCCAAGUACUUCAUCAUUCAACAAGCAUAUGUCGUGGAUUCCAGGCAACAGUACACAUUGGUAAUGUACAACAGACAGCUGUUGUUGAAGGCAUUCUUGGUUCCCGAGGGUUACACACCAACGACCGUGGUUCUGUCAUUUUCCGCUUCCUUCGACAGCCUGAGGUUGUCCAGAAUGGAGCAAGAUUAUUAUUUAGACAAGGGAUGACAAAAGGUAUUGGGCAAGUAAUACAAGUUUUUGAGGAGGAACCAGACAAUGUGAAUCUGUACAAUGGAUAUGAGAGAUAGGAAGCUAGUUUUGGAGACUAAUUGCUUAUUGUUAGGUUUGUAAGUUUUAGUAAACAUGACUUAAAAAAAAAAUAUUUGAAAGUAUAGCUAGAGCUAACGGUUAAUCUUAACCACAUAUUGUACCUUGUGAGCUAUUUUCCAUUCCUUAGAAUUUAAUAUAAAAAAGAAAACAAAAAAUGGAAAGGACUGAUAUUGUAACCUCCCUUCCUCCUGCAAAUCAUAGGUAAUAUUUUUUGAGUCUUAACCCUUUGCUGUGGAAUCUGACAAGAUGGAUUAUAUGAAGAUUUUUACUUUUAUUAAAUUCUGGAUUUUUGUUUAUAUAUAUAUUAGUUUCUGUUUAAUAAUCUCACGUAAGAAGUAUCUGAAUGGCUCCUGUACAGGUCAAGGUGGACUUUGAGAUAGGUAUAGGUUUUGUCAAAUAACAUGCUUCCUUGCCAGUUUAUGAUAAUCUAUCAAUACUGCUAAAACCCUCAUUUUAGAGAGGUAAAAAAUGUUGUACAAAGCUCCUUUGUAUUGUAUUCUUUAUCUGUUUGACACAAACUAAGUCUCAGAACUGUAAUGCUUAUUUUUAAAGAAGCCAAAGAAAAACACUAGCUUUAUUUUGCUGUUUGCCUUUCAAGAAUUAAUGGUCAGCCAUAUCCAUUGUUUAGCUUAUGGUUCACAUCAGUACUAAAUGACAGGAGAGUACUGUAUUGAUAAAGGUGUGUUUGUAUACCAGUGAUCAUCUAAGUAUUCCCAAAUUUUGUCAGGCUAGACUAUAAUCAUGACAUGAAUGACAAAGUGCAGUUGCAAAUGGUCAAACUUACCCAGACAAACAAGGGGUCAGGGGGGAGUGAUGUCAGCAAAAGGUCACUUUUUAAAAUUUCAGUUUUAGAAGUGAUCAAGUUUAUGGUAAAAAGUAAAUGCCAAGGAUAAAAAAAGGAUUUUUUUUUCUGCAGGAGAUAUGAUGAUAUGAAGUUUAUGUGAUAAAAAGGAAAUUCAGAGAAUGAAAAAAAAAUGGUGUUAGGUAUGAUGGGAUGGAAAGAGGUUUAUGUCAGGUAAUAAAGUUUUUAUUUAUUUCUUUUGUCUGUCUGCUUCUAGUUUCUUCACAGCAAGGGGAUUAAGUGUAUAGUUUUUAAAAAAGGAGUUAUCGUGAAAACAUAUUUUUUCUUUAUAUUUUUUCAAACAUGAUGUUGGCUAAAGGGAUCUGCUAGUUACUGAAGACAAAACAUGUUAUAAAAGAAAUAAAGAUAGAAAGACAUUGAUGAGUCAGACUAACAAAAGUCAGAGAUGUACCUUUUUGAUAAGUGACUCCCCAUGUUCUCCCAAGUGUUUUAUAGUGUGUAAGGAUAUUUUCAGAAUUUUGAGUAGUAAAAAGUGAUCAAUUGAUAUGUCAUUUCCUUAUGACAUGAAGAUUAGUUCAUACUUAUGAGUACAAAAGUAUUAUGUGGAAUAGUUGGGAGCUUAAAAUUGAUGGUAGUUUUUAUCCAGAGAACCUUUUUCCUGUAUUGUGUCAGCCCGAUCAGAGUCUUUCUGCAGUCACUUUAGUUUAAUAGAUGAUUAAGAUAUAAACAAACCACUUUAUAUUGGUUUUAUGAACAGUGUUGAAAAGAACAUGGCAGUAAGAGCUGUAAUAAUACUGAGGAUCAUUAAUAUGAAGUGAAUACUAUGCAUUGAUUACUAAUAAAAGCACAUUAAAUGAUCUAGUGACUUUCAUAUGUUGUUAGGGAAUGGGUUUAUGUUUUUUAGAUGUAUUGAACCAGUACUUUAGCCUUAGAAAUUAAUCAGGUAAUUAGUUUUGAACUCUUUGCCCUUUAAAGUUAGUCACGCACUUUGCAUUCUCACAGAACUACCUCCCAACUAACGGAAUAUUGACCGUUAGUAUUUUGGGAUUUCGUGAUAAGAAUAAUGAUAAUAGUGUUAAAAGAAGUACUGUGUACCUUUGCCAUUGUGACCAUGGCAUUAGUAAAAUUUAAUGCAGCAUCUACCAAGUACUUUUAUUUUAUUAGUUAAAGUGAAAAGAAAGUGGUAUGAGUUUUUAUUUUACUUCCAUUGUUUUAUUUAGUUGUGUAUUUAUAUUUACGUUACAGUAAAUGAAAUUUUAUUUUAUUUUAUGUAAAAUCUAAGAGCACAAACAAGUCAGAAUGACUUAUUCACAUUGAUCUCUUUGAAUAAUGUCUUCAGUCAAACAGGUCAGUAAAAAUUGAUUUGUUUGUGAAUAUUCCCUCCAUGAGAGAAGUGAAGUUGGUGCUUUAAUUUUUAAAAUAGGAUGUACCAUUUUCUCAUAUUUUCAUGUACAAAUUUUAACAGUUUGAACUUGAGGUCUUCGAGUGCAAACUAACAUUUGUAAAUGUAAAAAAAAGAAUUGCUCUUAUUCCCAUUUGUGUUACUUUGUCAAGUGAUUGAAUCUCUAAACAGCUUAAUGUAAAAGCUUUUUAUAGGCUGCUAAAUAUGUAAAAGAAAUUGUCAUGUGAUUUCAUAUGGGUGAGAUAUGAACCAAACACUGAUUUUAUAUAUGAAUCUAAAAAAAAAAAAAGUUGUUUUCAUGUCCAGUUUGAUUAUUAUUUGCAUUAGCUUUUAAAAGUUGCAUUACAGAAAGCAUUACUUGUACAUACCUAUAAAUGAGAGAAUAAAUGAA